AUAUCUACAAAGAACGCGUUUCACUAAAUAAUAGUACUAUGACACAACAACAAAAAGUCAAGUGUACCAUAUUUCAGAAAAAGUGCAACUAUCAGAAAACAGAGAGAGAUAAUAGUACUAUAUCUAUAUCUUCUCUUUCCUUUCUCCACCAACGGUUAAACACACCAUGAAGCUAUCUACUACCAAACCCAUUUCUAGUCCAGCUAGAAUCGAUAAAUUCCCACCACCAUUAAUGAGAUUCUUAAGAACAAAUGCAGGAAACAGAAGCAGAGGAAGGUCAAAAUCAAGUAACUCUAUGUUCCAAAUCCUAAGGAAAAAGAACACUACCUCCCUUGAAACCAAAGAACCUUCUUCCCCAAAAGUCACUUGCAUGGGUCAAGUUCGAGUCAAACGCUCCUCCAAACAACCCACAAAAAAGGGUAUAUCCGGUGACGGACCUCCGACCAAAUGCCGCUGCCGGUUCUGGUGGGCCCCACAUACAGAGUGCUGGUUUCGAAGAAAGGGAAAAGCCUCUAAAGUUUCAACCAAAAAUGUGCCGAAAUCGAAAGAAUCAGAAAGAGAAGAACAACAACAUGAAGAAGAAGAAAACAGAGUAGUUAAAGUUAAAGUUAAAGUUAAAGCUUUUGUUUCUCAUGCUAACGAUUGUUCUUCUUCUUUUUGUUCUACGCCACCGAGAAAUGCUUUGCUACUUACGAGAUGUAAAUCAGCACCUUAUCGUUCUUCUUCAUUAGCAAGUAGGUUUUGGAGUUCUCCAAUAAGGAACGAAGAAACAGAGCAACUUUCUGAGAAACAGGCCGUUUCAAGGUUGAGAUUUUUCAAAGAACUUGAAGAUUCAGUGAGGGAAAGAAUGAGUGAGUCUGAAAGUGUUGGUGAAUUGAAGAGAAAAGAAGAAGUUAAAGUAGACUCUGUAGCAUUUCCAAUAGUGCUAACAAGGUGCAAAUCUGAAAGAACAAGAAGAUUUUGAUUCGUAGGUAAAUUACAUGGUUGUGGUUUUUGCAGGAUAGGUUGUUUUCAAUUUUGAUUAAUUUAUGGUAUUUUUAUAUAUGUUAUAUUAUUUAUUAGAAUUAUAAAUUAUAGUCAUGUUAUUUUGUUAAUGAGUUAUAAUAUAGAUAUAGAUCUAUGAUGUUUCUUUUUAUUUAU